CCGAUCGCUUACACUUUUGACGUUAUCUUGAAGAACUGCCGGCAUUCUUUUCUCUCCUACCUCUCUCACACUUGUCUCUUGAGCUUGUUUCUAUGUUUGCUUCGGUGUUCUAGAACGGGCCGUGAAUCACCACACCUAGUCUGGUUUCUCAAGGAUAACACUCUGUUCCUGCCUCCUUUAAUUGCAAACGAGAUGCUGUUUUCAAGCGCUGUAGUUAGUGGAAUGCUUGAUGAUGAGCAUUACAGCAGAUCAUUCCUUCGGUCACAACCAGACUGGCCUCACAAAGAACACCAAGACGUUUCGUUAUCUCCAAGAGUCCAUAUAAAACUUACUGGCCAGUGAUAGGAAGCUUGGCCUAGGCUGUGUAUAAGUUGCUAGGCAGUGACAAUGCUACCUUCUCGGACAUUUAUAAUCCAUUCCCAGAGUUCAUCCAAGUGCCGUAUUGCAGGUAUCAAUAAGCCAAGCCAUUUACAUUACCGCAGCCUAGGUAUACCGCACGUAAAUAGAAACAUACUUAUCAUGGUGGUGGCUAGUCUUGAGCUGACUGAUAUGUCGCCAGCGACACCCCACUCUCGAAUAGGGGGAUAUAAAUAAGGGAGGGUACCUGGUGUAUAUACAUCCAUAUUUAUAACUUUGCCAUCCUACUAUGUUCAGAACUAAAAACCCCCUAUAAAUAAAAUAUACCGGUAAACCUUUACUAAUGACAUCAAACAAGGCAAGAUGUCUACGGAAUUUCUCCAGCUCGUAUCACCUCUAAGAAACACCACCUUCACAGAGCUCCUGACAUUCACUAUUCUAUUGACAAAGUGCUCCGCGUUAGCCCUCACCAAAGCCAUCUACAAUGUCUUCUUCCACCCGCUAUCCCCCGUACCCGGCCCCAAGCUCUACGCCAUGUCCAGCCUCCCCAUGAGCCUGUCCCGCGCGCAGGGCCGCUCCCCCUACACCUUCGCCGCGCUGCACGAGCAGUACGGCCCCAUCGUGCGCGUCAGCCCCAACGAGGUCUCCUGCGCCGGCCCCUCGGCCUUCAAAGACGUCUACGGCCCGCGGUACGGCAAGGGCGGCCCCCUGGCUCGCGACAUGCGGACGGCGCCGAUCAAGGACACCUUCAGCGCGAUGAGCAUGUUCCAGUCCAGCGUCCAGGACCACGCGCGCAUACGCCGCCAGCUGAACCCGGCGUUCUCGGAGAAGGCGUCGCGCGAGCAGGAGCCGUUGGUCAUGGGGUAUGUCGACGCCAUGAUCGAGAAGCUGCGGGCGGCGGCGGCGGGUGGGCAGGUGGUGGACAUAGAGAAAUACACGAUGUGGACGACCUUCGACAUCCAGGGCGACCUCGUCUUCGGCGAAGACGUGUUCCAGUGCAUAUCGCAGGAGCGGUACCACCCGUGGACACGCAGCAGCAUGACCUGGUUCACCGGCGGCGUGUACAUGCACGCGCUCAACGACAUCUCGCCCCUCGCCCUCUGGCUCUGGCAGCACGUGAAGUGGAGCUACAGCAGCGGCUACGCCGCCGCCACCGACUACCACCUCAAGACGACGCUCGACCUCGUCGACCGGCGCAUGGCGAAGGGGCGGACGGAGCACCCGGACUACAUGUCGUUCAUCACGGGCUCGAGCAAGGAGGGCGAGGUGCUGACGCGGGAGCAGAUGUACGCGAACGCGCAGAUGCUCGUCAUGGCGGGCUCCGAGACCGUCGCGACGGUGUCGGCCACCGCGCUGUUCCUCCUGCUCACGCACCCCGCGGCGAUGGCGAGCGUCAGGCGCGAAGUCAGGGCCGCGUUCGCCGAGGACGCAGACAUCACCGCCGCCUCCGUCGCCCAGCUCCCGCACCUCCUCGCCGCCCUCGACGAGACCAUGCGCCUGUGGCCGCCCGUCGCGACGUCGUUCAACCCGCGCCACGCGCCCGCCGGCGGCUUCACCGUCGACGGGUACUUCGUCCCCGAGGGCGCGAUGGUCGGGCUCCACAACCACGCGAUCGGGCGGUGGGAGCGGUACUUCCGGGACGCCAAGGAGUUCCGCCCCGAGCGCUGGCUGGGCGGCGAUGAGAGGUACGCCGACGACGCGAGGGACUUGUUUCAGCCGUUCAGCUCGGGCCCGCUGAACUGUAUUGGGCUUACGAUGGGGCGCAUGGAGACGAGGGUUAUUCUGGCGAAGCUGCUGUGGCACUUUGAUAUCGAGCUCGUGGAGGAGAGUGCGCGGUGGUUGGAUGGGCAGAGGAAUUAUAUCGCGUGGCAUAAGCCGCCGUUGUUGGUUAGGUUGACGUCGGUGGGGGGUGGGGGUGCUUGA